AUGCUUAUCGUUGGUCUCACGGGUGGAAUUGGUGCUGGAAAGUCAACUGUAUCUCGUACAUUGCGUGAAACACAUAAUUUAACAAUUGUCGAUGCAGAUUUAAUUGCAAGAGAUGUUGUAAAUCCUGGUCGAAAAGCUUAUAAUAGAAUCUUGGAAGCCUUUGCAGAUGAUAUUCCAGAUCUUGUUAACCCAAAGGAUGGCUCGUUGAAUAGGGCAGUCUUGGGAAAUGCCGUGUUUGGUAAUAAAGAGAAACUAAAAAGAUUGAAUUCUAUUGUUCAUCCAGCAGUUAGAAAAGAAAUCUUAUGGCAGAUAUUGCAAGCAUAUUUGAGAUUUCAGAGUCUUGUUAUUUUGGAUGUUCCGUUAUUAUUUGAAGCAGGUUUGAACAAAAUAUGUGGAACCACUGUAACUGUUACAUGUGAUAAGGAAUUGCAGGUAAAAAGAAUAGCAGCAAGAAAUUCUGAAUUGAGUGAGGAAGACAUUAGGAAACGAAUUGAGAGCCAAAUGACGAACGAAGAGAGAAAUUACAGAUCAGAUCUAGUUAUUGAUAAUAGCAGUAGUUUAGAUGACUUACAGAAAUGUGUCGCAUCAGUUGUUAAAGAAAUACGUCCAAAUUUGAUUUUGACUUUACUUGAUUUAUUUCCACCUUUUGGCUUGUUAUCGGCAUUAUAUACCUUCACACUCCGAACUAUCAGAGAUAAAUACAAAGGAACAAAGCCACUGAUUAAGAAUGACUAA